GACUGCCAUCGCCCGGCGGAUCCCCCGAAGCAAACGAAGAACUAGGGCGCGCCCCUCUUCCUCGUUCUCUCCGCCCUCCUCCUCCUCUCCCCUCUUCUUUAUAGCGAGCGCCUCCCUCCCUCGCUCCCUCCGCAUUGCACGCGCUGCCGACGCCGACGGAGGACUAGAGACAGACAGACAGAGGCGACGACGAGCAGCGACGAAGGAGAUGGCCGCCGCCUCCUCCUUCACCGCCGCCGCCAAGUUCUUGGCUCCGGUGGCCGCGAGAUCCGGCGGGGACAGUAGGCCGCCGCUCCCGGCCUCCUCCUCCUCCGCCGCCUCCUCCCUCAGGCCACGCAGGAAGCCGGCGCCGCGUCUGCGCACCGCGCUCGCCGUCUCCUCCGACGUGCUCCCCGGGAACAAGGCCGCGCCCUCCGCCGCCGCCGCGCACUUGGCUGUGACACGGGAAGAGGCACUGGAGCUGUACGAGGACAUGGUUCUUGGCCGUAUUUUUGAGGACAUGUGCGCGCAAAUGUACUACCGUGGCAAGAUGUUUGGUUUUGUCCAUUUAUAUAAUGGGCAAGAAGCUGUCUCCACUGGCUUCAUCAAGCUGCUCAACCAAGCUGACUGCGUUGUUAGCACAUAUCGUGACCACGUCCAUGCGCUAUCCAAGGGUGUCCCGGCACGUUCUGUCAUGGCUGAGCUUUUUGGUAAGGCCACUGGCUGCUGUCGUGGACAAGGCGGUUCUAUGCACAUGUUCUCUGCUCCCCACAACCUCCUUGGAGGCUUUGCCUUCAUUGGAGAAGGCAUCCCUGUUGCAACUGGUGCUGCCUUUGCUGCUAAGUACCGCCAUGAGGUGCUCAAGGAGUCUGGCCCUGAUGGACUUGAUGUAACACUGGCAUUCUUUGGUGAUGGUACCUGUAAUAACGGCCAGUUCUUUGAGUGCCUCAACAUGGCUCAACUUUGGAAACUUCCUAUUGUGUUUGUUGUGGAGAACAAUCUAUGGGCUAUUGGGAUGUCACAUCUCAGGGCUACUUCAGACCCAGAGAUCUAUAAGAAGGGUCCAGCAUUUGGAAUGCCUGGGGUGCAUGUUGAUGGGAUGGAUGUCCUGAAGGUCAGGGAGGUGGCUAAGGAGGCCAUCGAGAGGGCAAGGAGAGGCGAAGGACCAACUCUCGUGGAGUGUGAAACUUACCGUUUCAGAGGACAUUCUCUUGCUGAUCCAGAUGAGCUCAGGAAGCCUGAUGAGAAAUCUCACUAUGCUGCAAGGGACCCCAUUACAGCCUUGAAGAAGUACAUCAUCGAACAGAACCUCGCAACAGAAUCUGAGCUUAAGAGCAUCGAGAAGAAGAUCGAUGAUGUUGUUGAAGAGGCUGUGGAGUUUGCUGACGCAAGUCCACUCCCUCCACGGAGCCAGCUUCUGGAAAAUGUGUUCUCAGACCCCAAAGGCUUUGGCAUUGGGCCUGACGGGAAGUACAGGUGCGAGGAUCCCUUGUUCACGCAAGGCACAGCUCAAGUCUGAGGCUCAAAGAGAGCGCUUAUCUAUGUUAUAUCUUGCUUCCUGUACCUCUCUAGCUGCCUCUAUCCUAGUUUUGUUGAACCUGUGGUCAUGUUAAGAGUAAUGUAAGCACAAUGUACUUGUUCAUUUGUUUCAUUCUUACAUCUCGUGUUAUCAAUAUGCUCAAAUGCUACCUGAGUUUU